CACAAAGAAGGAAGCAGCCCCCGAGCCGAGCCGCGGGCGGAAACUACGAAGAAGAAGAAGAAGACCGGUGCGGCACUUGCUAGCUCGGCUACGUCGAGGAAAUCGCCAGAUAUUAUUUGGCCCCUCCCCGGAGCGCCGCACAAUUGUCGGUGGGGAUCGUCAAAAGGUCUCGUGAGCCGCCCGCCGCCAACAUGCCGGCCGCACUCACGGACGCCAGCCAGAUCAUCUGCGAGGUCUGGGCCAGCAACGUGGACGAUGAGAUGAAGAAAAUCCGACAGAUCAUCCAGAGCUACAACUACAUUGCCAUGGACACCGAAUUCCCCGGCGUGGUGGUGCGGCCCAUCGGCGAGUUCCGCAGCACGGUGGACUACCAGUAUCAGCUGCUGCGCUGCAACGUGGACCUGCUUAAGAUCAUCCAGCUGGGCCUCACCUUCAUGAACCAGGACGGCGACUACCCGCACGGCACCACCACCUGGCAGUUCAACUUCAAGUUCAACCUCACAGAAGACAUGUACUCUCAGGACUCCAUCGACCUCCUGCAGAAUUCGGGCCUUCAGUUCAAGAAGCACGAGGAGGAGGGCAUCGACACGCUCUACUUCGCCGAGCUUCUCAUGACGUCGGGCCUGGUGCUGUGCGACAACGUCAAGUGGCUCUCCUUCCACAGCGGCUACGACUUUGGCUACCUGGUGAAGCUGCUGACGGACGCCAGGUUGCCCGAGGAGGAACACGACUUCUUCCAGAUUCUCAACCUCUUCUUCCCUGCCAUCUACGACGUCAAAUACCUGAUGAAGAGCUGCAAGAACCUCAAGGGUGGCUUACAGGAAGUGGCGGACCAGCUGGAGCUGAAGCGCAUCGGGCGGCAGCACCAGGCAGGUUCUGACUCGCUGCUCACCGGCAUGGCCUUCUUCAGGAUGAAAGAGCUGUUCUUCGAGGACAACAUCGACGACGCCAAGUAUUGCGGCCGCUUGUACGGCCUGGGCUCGGGCUCCACGCAACCCCAGAACGGAAUCUCCGGCUCGGGCCAGGAGGAGAGCAACAACAAGCACUGACUCCCAGCCUGGCUCUCCUUGCACUUGUUUUAAAAAGCUUUUAAAUCCUUUUUUGUUUUGGGUUCGCUCGUUGUCGUUAGCGAGCGUGGGACCACAACACCAGCGGCGCUUUUUCCUACCAAGCUGCGCUCACUCGCUUUUAAAGUGAGCGCCGGCCGGCCGGUAGGGCCCUCCUCCACCCAAUGUAAAUUUCUAAUGUAUCAUUUUUUGGAAAGACAAAUAAAAACGUUUUAGAUUUUUUUCUCCGGAUGUCAAGAGAGAACCUUUUAAAUGCAUGCGUCCGUUUUUUGCCCGGGCCAAACUACUGUCGGCGUGAAGAUGUUACCGUUGUUUUUACGUUCUGACUUGUUUUAAACUGUUGUACAUUAAAUUGUUAUGUAUUUUCAAC